AUGUUUACAGAACACGCCACUUGUACUAAUUCGGCUCUCUUUAAAACGCGAGAAAAUACUCGGCUUAAUGGUCAUGUCGUCAAGCAGUUUCAAUCGCCCAGUUUUAUGUCAUGCAAUCACUGGUGCCUCGGGAACUCCUGGUGUACUUCAACAAACUUCAGAGAGCUAUCCGAGGUGAACAAGAAAGGAAUUUGUGAACUAAACAAACAUGGAUACGUCGAUCAGAAUACAAACCUUGAUGAUGAAAAAGGGGUGACAUUCUCUUUGCUCGUGAAGGUACAUAGGUCUUUAAUUUAAGCCUUGCAUAACGUAUAAGAAGCUGGAAAGUUUUCCUUUUAUCAAUUUUUGUAAUGCUGCUGGAAAUGGCUGCCAUGAAUACUUGACGGAUGGGGAUUUUUUGGAUAUUGUUUUUUUUUGGGGGGGGGGGUAUGUGACGGUUUACUAAGAAUUCUGUCCCGUUCAACCGUUAAACCUUUAAACUUGGUUUCUCUUCACGUGUUUUAGUCCAAAUUUAAAAACCGUAACCUUUACAUGUUUUUACUUUAUCAGGGUUUCACUUCGGAAACACAAAUUUGUCCAGCUGGUGGGAAGAUCAUAUUUUGUUUGUGAUAUUUGUAUUUUUCCGUCAGAGACAUCACCUUCCUUGUGCUGCAGGCCUCACUGGACCUCUAUGUCAAUACGGUAACUCACAUUUUCAGUUUGCACAAAUAACUAUUUCAUAUAAUUAGACAGACCAUGGUAAAUUUAGGCCCGUGUCACACUACUGCGUUUUUGUUUGAAAACGCAUACUUCUUGAUGUAUUUUCGCCGGUCAUCCAUACUUAAACGCCCGAAUACUUUGAUACAAACGGGAAAUUUCGAAAGCGGUUUCAAAAGUGGAGUCUUUUGAAAACGCAUCGUUUUAAAACGCUCCUUUUUAGUGUGGACAGGUGAAAACAGAUGCUUCGGUUUCAGUCGUAAACGGAGCAUCUGUCCAUCUCCAGGUAAAUUAAAGAUUGUAGUGUCGUGUGACACUAGCGUCACAUUACGUCAUGCAUGUAAUUGAAACAAGGGAAUUCUGGGAUUAAAAUUUAGAGCCGACAAUAUGCUCGUAACGGCUGUUUACUGUUAAUUACUUUCGUGUGCGUUCUCCUCAUUGCAUUGGAGACGAGGACGGCCCGUCGUUUUUGCGACUUGUGUGGUAUUUUACGUAGAAGUUGUGUAGAAAAAUACGAGAAAUGAGAAAAAUGUCCUUUCGUGUUAUUUGUUAAACCAUCGAAUAAGGGAUUUAUUAUCCCACUAUUAUUUCACUCAUUCGAUUUUAGAUUGCAAAAUAUAUCGUACGGCCUUAUCUGUGCAUCAUAUCGAUUGCAUAAGGAGUACACGAAUGACGAAACAACACGAACGAAACCAUUUGAGUGUUUUAUGUGACCAACUAAAAACUCUGUCGCGCGUAAAAGUUCACUUCUUUACAAGUCAAGCCUAACAAACGCAAGAAAGAAAAAAUCAACCUGUGUUGCUCUGUAUUUUUGCCCUGUUCUACAGUAUAAUACCAUUUAUUAUCGUGGCAUAUUUUUUGCGGGUCCUCUUGAAUUUAUUUGAUUAAUUGAUGCAGUAAUGGAAUAACAGAUAUAUUGUUGUCUUCACUGUUGUUGUCUUUUGGAACAAUUAUUCUCCGAGACAGUUGUUUAAAUUUUUACUCUCGUUAUAUCAUCAGGUGCAUGAAUGUUUCGAAGGACCUGUAAUGUUCAAGUAUCUCAUAACGUCAUCAGUAUAAGGUUUUGAGCGACUCUGAAUAUGAGGAAAUAUAAACCCAUCAUUUUUCAAAUUCCCUCCACCCCCUCCCCCCCCCCAAAAAAAUGUUUUCUUUGCCAAUGUCCUCGCCUCCACCAUCUUUUAUAAUAUAUCAGAACAUUUCGCCUUUGAUAAAGCCACAUGGUUGAGUAUUCCAAUACAUUUUCAUUUUUAGUUCCCUCAGAAUGCAAUCAGCAAAAGAUUCUGAAUGACUCCGAUCGACACAGCGAUUUUGGUCGUGGUGACAGAAAAUGUGACAACCAUUUGACAGAAGACUGGUACAGAUUCUCAGCGGGGGCUGGAACGAGUAUACCUACUCACUGUCUACCGCACCAUAGAUGUGGAACGGACUUGCCGGGGUGGAUGGACGGAGCACACCCAACAGUUGAUGAAGGAGUCGUUUCCAGAAAAGUUUGUUUUCAUGGCUAUGGUAAAUGUUGUUACCACAACAUUAUGAUCAACGUACGCAAUUGCAGCUCUUUCUUAGUAUACAGACUGAAACCGGUCCAAGUUUGUGCCAGCCGGUACUGUGGAAAAAGUUAGAGGCUGAAACACAAAUCUUGUUUUUAAGGAUACUGUAUUCUUAGUCGUUUGUUUAACCUGCCGUCGAACUAGUUCAGAUAUCACAAGCACGUCAGGAAUGAAACUUAACUUUAAAACAGUUCGUCCUUUUUUAAGAAUUUUCAUUUACACUAGAUAAUUUGAAUCAGAGCUGUAUUUUCUCUCUUCUCUUCCCAUUUCUUUAUUCUGAGCCCAGAACGUUCAAUGGAAUGAAACUGACGCAAACUGCACUCUCGUACGUGAUAAUUAGAAAUAGGUGCGUGCUAGUGCGUGAUGGUUGCCGAUCGAUGGCUCGCGGCGGUUUCGACUUGACUGAAGGUAGAUAAAACCAUCGGUAGGGCAACAGGAAACUCCUCUGACGGUAUUUAACCAUUCAUGCUAGAAAUUUUUUAUAUUUGGCAUAUUUAGAGGGCUUGAUCAAGGCUUUGCAUAAUAAAAAGAGUAAUCUUCAUGAGAAACGUCGUUCUUUCAGCAUGUAUUGCACUUGCUUUAAUUAGUUACUUCAACUGUAAGUGAUAGUUCUUUAGGGUAGAGUUCUAUAAAGUGUGUAAAAUAAAUUUCAUCUCUCUUUACUUGGCGCCCUCUUUGACUUGUCCUUUCUAUACCGAAUGCGUGUCAAAAAGAUGCCUGAGAAUAAUUUGAAGAUGUUUGUAACCCUUUUAAGUCGAUUUGACCAAAAUUUACAGAGAAUGUAUUACGCCUGCUUUGAGGACACGUGAUAUUUCUAUUCCAAUUUCUUGUUCAAUGCAAAAAAGAGUUUGAAAUCGGCUCUUGCAUGGAGCAGGAGUCUCUUAUGUAGGAUUGUUGUGAAGCUACACUUCCAAUUAUUAAAUAACGUUGAUAUAUUUUCUCAGUGGAUGGCUAUUUCACAAGAAGACAUAAGCAAACGAAAGUGUUUGACGGGUGGCAUGUAAAGAGCUGGCUGCCGAACUGUUUGUUUCGGCCAGCAAAACAAAGGAUCAGUUUGAUUAUAUUUCCCAAACUGAAGAGAGCCACAGAAGAAAAAUAAUGACUAUUAUGAUAUUAGACAUGUGGGUUGAGUUUGUUGUUGGUUCUUGUCGUUGCUCCAAGAGUUUCCUCUGGGUCCUCCGGUUUUCCUUCCUCCACAAGAACAAACAUUCUUAAUUCCAAUGGAAACAGUGGAAAGAAGAGCCACCUCGUGGAAUGUCUACUGCUAAAAUGGCUUUUAUUGAUACCACUGGGUUCCAACGGCCUAAAAGCAUAAUGGAUAAUACGUUCGUACAUUCGCAGACGUUUGACCUCUGUGUUUAUAAAUAUUAUUAAAUAGAAUUGUGACUCCAUUUAUCCUUAGUUGUCGUAAACGCUCUGAAAACCUUAAGUUCUCGCUUGGCUGCUAGACGAGGUCAUGAUCUGAUGGUGGGGGUUGUUUAAUUAACGUUUUGAAAAAUAGAAUUGAAGUAAUUUAUGUUUCUGUGAAUUAUGGCUUAGCUGCAGUGAAUAUCUUACAUAGUAUACAUUUGUUUGAUUGAAAAACCAACACAAAUCAAAACAGAGGUUUUUAUAAACACAAGCAUAAUUUGUACUGAACAUGGAGCAAAAAUUUUUCGGCGUAACCAUUUGUGUAGCAUCCUUAUAGGCAUAUAUUAUCUUAACGUGUUUUAUGUUAUAGUUUUCUUUUUCUCAAGGGAGGGUAUAAGGGGGCCUAUCCUUAUGAAAAACCAGCUGGGAGUAUUAGAGCCGAUUUGAACAAAAUGACUGAAAUAAAAAUCCACAAUUCCUCCAUCGCUCUGACGAGGGGCUAACGCUCGAAACUUCAGCUUUGAAACUCUUUACGGUGGCCAAUUUACGCUAUUAACUUAGUUGAUAAUACCAAAUUAAAUUACCCUGAGAUAAAAAUCUUUAAACAUUACUCUACAUGAAACUUCAAGCCCACCUCGAGAUAAGCGACUUUGACCUGAUAUUCUUUGAAAGUUUAAUUAGGCAGCUAUUGUUUGAACUGGAAAAAUAAAGUCUCGAAUUAGUCAGAAAUGCAGAUAUUUGUUCUGUUGGGGGUCCAUGUCGAGCUUGGAGUUCUCAGAGCGAGCUCUUCAGAAUGAAUAUGUUAUUUCAAUUUAUUGAGCUAGUUUUCUUUUGUGAAAUUUUUUACGGUCAAAAUUUUUUACAGUGGGAAUGGCGGGUUGACCGCUAAAUACAUCAUUGACCACUUAAUGUACAGAAUUUCGCUCGAAAAUACUACUUACUUUGAUUUUGGGCGAGAAACAUGCAUUCAAAAUAACUUUAAAGAUUAUUCUUAGUUUUAUUUGAACAGUCCCGCUUUCAGUAACAACUGAAACAGUAAUGAAGGACCAGUAAUGAAGGACGGUAAAACCGGACUUUGUAAAGGGUGACCGCGAUCGUCUUAUUGAAGUGACCGCUUAAUAGAGGUGAAAAUUAUUACAGUGAUUAAGAGGAAACAUAUUUGGGACUUUGACAAAUGACUGCUUAAUACGGAGCCAUUAUCCGUGUCUUUUAUAACCGUUCGUGUAUAAUAGAUUAACCUCUAAAUGUUAUUCAGUAGCUUUCGUAGAAUUUUCACUUUAUUUUGUGAUAUUUGUGAUAACAAUGCCCUGAGCUGCCAUUCAACACUCCUAAUUUUAAACUCCCGCCAGGAAAUGAACAUCGAUCAAUGAUAAAACACGACAAACGCAACAUCAUUUCUAAAACAAGUUGCCUUAAUCAUAAAGACCUGUUUUCAUCACGGCAUAUCCUCAGUGAGUGCAAAGGUAGAGACAAACUGUUCUGCUCGUAUUUUGCCAGGAAAGAAUUCAAACCACUGAAGAACUGUGUAAAUUAGUUUUAUUGCUGAUACUUAGAGGAAUAUUUUUCCUUAUGGUGGAACAACUGAUCAGCAUUUUUUUUCUAUUCACGAUUGCAAUUUAUUUGGUUCUUUCGGAAGGUGAGUUUAAAAAUAGAUUAUAUCACCGAAAUGUUUCACUAAGUUGAAGAUUUGUUCUCUACGUUUGGUCCUGUUUCCAUGAAGAAAAAUUUCAAUGAUCAAUGCUUUAUUCUUAGUUCUUCCUUUGCCAACUGACCAAAAAGUUAAAUCAUUUUUGUUAUUAUUGAGAAAAUUAUGCAACUGUGUUGAGUAUGGUGUUCGUGCUUACCCCUGCGUCUGUUAAAAAUCUACACGAAAAAUCGGGACAGUCAAUACCUCCCUGCCUCUUUGGAGAGCUUCCAUCUUCUCCUGUAAAUAAUGCGGGAAUGAUCUGUCAUAUCUUAAAUAGCUGAAGCGGAAUUUACAUUUUAUCUGUUCUCAUGAAAGAUGGUUGGCUUGUCACGACGCUUUAAAUUUGAAAUAAUGGAAAUAUCAACAUGAAUUAUGGGAUAAGAUUACGGCUAAAAGAAAAGGAAUAUCUUUUUUCCAAUUUGAAUUUCCACAUAUUAAAAGUAUGAAUAUAUUUUGUCUUAUUAAAAAGUCGUGGUUAGAUUGGCGGCUGGGUCUCCUCAAUUGUUUUAGCCCAUUUGUUAAUGAACGUCACUCUCAUGGUAAUUUUGGUCCUUUCAAAUGUCAAUAAAUCGAAUUCCAGUUUUCAUCAUGAAAGCAGUUUCUCAAAAUUAAAAAAGCUGAUAAUUUUCUAAAGUGUGUCGUGUGUCCUCAGCGCGUAUCUCAGCCGAUGUGUUUUCCAGUCCGUUUUUUCUUCCAAAUUUUUGAAAGAACAUCCGUUAUAAUCUAUAACAAGACGAAACAACCUGCCGUUAAAUAAUUGAUAGCGAGAUCUUAUCGAUGUCUUAUUUUCAAAACAUAUUUUUUUAUUGCAGAUUAUUACCGAAUACUGCAGUUUUUGGAUGCCAAAGAUGGCUCAGCGCUGGAAAAACACGUUAUGAGAACAAUUGCCUUAAAUUCGGAGCAUUCGCGCAGAGUUCAGUGUUAUCUGGAGAACGCAUGCGUAUCGUACAACUUUGGGAAGAGAGUAACAGGAGAUGAGGUCUGUGAAUUAAACAAUUCGACAGACAUACAACAUCCGGAUGAUUUAAAGCCGAGAGUGAAUUUCAUUUACCGCGGAGCUGAGGUAUACAAAAGUUUCCUUUAAUUUUACAAUUGUUUUUUGUACCCAGGAGAGGGUUUCAGUAGGGUCAAACAUCAGCCGUAAAACGCCAAAAAUUUUAACCUUGAGGCGUAAAAUUGACAAAUUCCAACCAUUGGUCAUAAAGAAACUUUAACUGUUAAAAUAAUUGUUUUAUUAUACAUUUUAAAACAAUCUUAGAAAGAAGACACUUCUCUCUGGAUUUGUAAAAGUUUGAGAACACCAUGCGGACUAGGGGCUUGGAAACAAGGCAGACUUUGAAAUCGACAUGAUAACCCAAUUUCUGCUUCAGACAUUGAGUUAUCAUGUCUGUAUAUUAAUGGAAGUAAUUAACCGUUAGCUGUAAAAGGGCCAAAAUUUUUAACGUUUGCCGUAAAAGCCAUCACCCCAUUGGGACCCUCUGUUAGGACGAAGCCCCCUUCUAUAAUAGUUUGUCGCUUUAUUCAAAGGACAGUUUCAGGGCUAGAAUUGAUGUCACUUCACCGCAAGUUUCCCUUGAAUGAAAGUUACAGAUACAAAGUCAUGGCAGUCGGACCAUAUAUAAUUUUAUAAAGGGGCUAAGUUUCUAAAGAAACUGUGGUGCUGCGUAGGUUAAAGGACUAUAACAGGGCAAUUUAGUAUUAUGCUGCCUUUCCCUACAUUUAUGCAGUAAGGGAAGCCACAAAACUCUAGAACAAAAAUUUAUCUUUCAAAUCGGCACUCUUAGUCCCCACGGUAUCAAUGAGCGCUUUUUAAUUCACUGAUUUAUUCAUGUUUCUCGCCACAAAGUUCCCAUUCUGAUUAUCAUUUUCCCAGAAUUUUGGCUCAAUAUUGUCUAAAUGUAUAUUCAAUUAAAAUUUAAUAGAGUAACUCCUUUGAAUUUUUAUAAAUACACUUUAUUCGAUGGUUUAACUUAAAGUACGCGCGGAUAUUUUGCGAGUUGUGUGGUAUUUUAUGUAAAAGUUGUGUAGAAAAAUAGGAAAAACGAAUAAAAUGUCCUCUCGUGUUAUAUGUUGAUCCAUCGAAUUUGGGAUAUAUGAUUCCACUAUUAUUUCACCUUUUAAUAUUUUGAUUUUAGUUUGUGAGAUACAUCCUGCGGCCUUAUCUGUGCAUUGUAUCGAUUGCAUAAGGAGUCGCAAAAGACGAAAACAACACGAACGAAACCAUUUGUCUAGGAGUGUUCUAUGUGACCAACUCAGUAAAAAAUCUGUCGCGCGUAAAAGUUCGUUUCUUUACAAAUCAAUCCUAACAAACACAAAAAAAGAAAAAUCGAAGUUAAUUUGGAUCGUUCAUUGCGGCCACUUUGUUGCUCCGUAUUUUUGCCCUGUUCUACAGUGUAACACCGUCUAUUACCGUGGCAUAUUUUGUAUGUCCUUAUGAACUUAUUUGAUAAAUUGAUGCAGUAAUGGAAUUAUAAGUGCACUCACAAAUAUAUUGUUGACUUUACUGUUGUCGUCCUCUGGCAUAAUUAUUCCCCAGUGCUGUUAAAUUUUUACACUCCUGAUAUCAUCAGGUGCAUGAAUGUUUCGAAGGAUCUUUCAUGUUCAAGUAACUCAAAACGUCAUCAGUAUAAGGUUUUGAGUGACUCUGAAUCUGAAGGAAAUAUUAACCCAUCUUUUUUCAAAUUCCCCCCCUCCCCCCUCAAAAGAAAAAGUUUUGGUUACCCAUGUCCUCGCUUUCGCCAUCUGUCAUGAGAUAUCAGAACAUUUCGCCUUUGAUAAAACCUCAUGCCUGAGUAUUCCGAUACAUUUUUAAUUUUUAGCUCCCCCAGAAUGCAAUCAGUACAAGAUUCUGAAUGACUCCGAUCGACGCAACGAUUUUGGUCGCGGUGACCAAAAAUGUGAUAAUUAUUUGGCAGAAGACUGGUACAGAUUCUCGGCGGGGGCUGGAACAAGCAUGGCCACACAAUGCAUUCCAGACGCCCAAAGAUGUGGAACGGACUUGACGGGGUGGAUGGACGGAGCACACCCAACAGUUAAUGAAGGAGUCGUUUCCAGAAAA